AUGUUGGAAUAUCUACAAUUCGCCUGCAUCAGGGCCUUCGCCAACACCUCUCUCCAUGUCAAGCGAUCCGCCUGGCUCUCUCCUCAAACACAGCCGAAUCGCAUCAAAAGCUACCCUUGUCGGCCAAAUCUCUAUUCUUGCCGCAUUUUCACACCACCAAACCACAGCGAACAAGGACAGACCAUCUUGCCACUGGUAAUCAGUGUGCACGGAGGCGGCUUCAUCGUCAACGCCCCGGCCUUCGACGAUCCUAUGGCGAGGCACAUAGCAGACCAUGCCAAUUGCAUAGUCGUCAGCAUCGACUACGGAAAGUCUCCUCAGAGCAAAUUCCCGGGCGCCUACGACGAUGUCAUGGAACAAUCGCUCGCUAUCAUCGACGAUCCGGAACUUCCUAUCGACAAGUCAAAAGUGGUACUAUGUGGCAGCUCAGCUGGAGGUAACCUUGUACUCGCCGUGGCGCAAGACCCAAAACUACGACCCAAGCUUCGGGGCGUGGCAGCUAUCUAUCCUCUCGUGGAUAUGACUGAAGACGCCAAGACCAAGAUGGCCACGCGCCCCGACUCAUCGGUGCCGGAUUUCGUGGGUGACAGCCUCGACACCAUAUACGGUCUCUACUUCGACGCAGCUGAGAAAUCGAAGCUAUCCCUGAAAGACGUGCGGAUCAGUCCGACUUACUUCUCCUCGCGAGAGAGCCUCCCGCAGGAGAUACUACUCAUUGGGGCCGAGCACGACAUGGUCUGCCAUGAGGACGAAAUCAUGGCAGACAAGCUUGCAGCUGCGAGCGCCGACAAGAAGGUCGCCACCAAAAACGGCUGGAAAGCUCCAGGGGUCGAGUGGUAUAAGGUCCAUGGCCAAAAGCAUGCCUUUAACGCCUUCCCCGAAAAGGAUCCAGAUGUGGAAAAGGUACGGGUACGUGAGACGGAUGCCAUGUUUUCGUCCAUCUCAGAAUGGCUCGUCGAUACCUUUGCCAACAACAGGGAAACUUAG